UCUUUGGUCUGUGUGUGUGUGUGUGUUUUUUUUAACCUUACCCAGGAGCCUUUGCGAAGUGGCAACGUCGCCGGCAAAUGGCGGAGGCGGUGUGUGUGCGCGCCUGCGCAGUGAGGAGCGAGGCAGAGACGCCGACGCCGGGCGAGAGAGAGGCUGACUGAGUGCAGAGAGGGGUUUCCGGCCUCCUUCUUCCAGAGGACCAUGGCAAGUCCAAGAACAAGAAAAGUCCUUAAAGAAGUGAGAGUGCAAGAUGAGAAUAAUGUUUGUUUUGAGUGUGGUGCAUUUAACCCCCAAUGGGUGAGUGUGACCUAUGGAAUAUGGAUCUGUCUCGAAUGCUCAGGAAAACAUCGAGGCUUGGGUGUUCAUCUCAGUUUCGUGCGGUCUGUCACUAUGGACAAAUGGAAAGAUAUUGAAUUGGAGAAAAUGAAAGCAGGUGGUAAUCACAAGUUUCGGGAAUUUUUAGAGUCUCAAGAAGACUAUGACCCUUGUUGGUCACUGCAAGAGAAAUACAACAGCAAAGCUGCAGCACUCUUCAGAGAUAAGGUGGCAGCACUGGCCGAAGGUAAAGAAUGGUCAAUUGAAACAUCAUCUGCUAGAAACUGGACACCUCCUCAGCCCAAAGUUGCUCUUUCCGCAACUCAUCGCUCUGCUGGGCAACAGCAGACUGCAGGUGGAACUUCUGACAAAGCCUUUGAAGAUUGGUUAAAUGAUGAUGUUGGCUCUUAUCAAAGUGGUCAAGAGAAUCGCUACGUGGGGUUUGGGAAUACAGUUACUCCUCCGAAAAAAGAAGAUGACUUCCUCAACAAUGCUAUGUCCUCUCUAUAUUCAGGUUGGAGCAGUUUUACAACUGGAGCAAGCAAGUUUGCUUCUGCAGCUAAAGAGGGUGCUACCAAAUUUGGAUCUCAGGCUACUCAAAAGUUUUGGGGCCACAAACAACAGGCAGAGCCGGCAUCAGAGUUAGGUCAAACUUUAAAUGAAAAUGUUCUCAAACCUGCACAGGAAAAGGUGAAAGAUGGAAAAAUUUUGGACGAUGUUUCCCAAGGGGUCUCACAGUUGGCUUCGAAGGUCCAGGGUGCAAGUAGUAAGGGCUGGCGAGAUGUUACCACUUUUUUUUCUGGGAAAUCGGAUGAGCCUUCUGAAAGGCCACCUGAAGGAGAAAGCUACCAGAACAGCAGCGAAGGCUACCAGAACAAUGCAGUGGAUCACAGUUUUUGGGAGACCUUUGGCAACUCGGAUCCACCCAAACCUCACAAGUCCCCAAGCAGUGAUAGCUGGACCUAUGUGGACAAUUCUAUGGAGAAGAAGAGCUCGGAUAGCUGGGACGUCUGGGGCUCAGGGACAGUCUCAAAUAACAAGAACAGUAACAGUGACAGCUGGGAAAACUGGGAGACCAACUGGGAGAAUGCAGCAGGGGAGAGCAAAGCCAAAAAGGCUCCCAAGAAGACAACAAAAGAGUCACCAUCAGCUGCUGAAGAAGGAUGGGAUAACCAGAACUGGUAGAAAUCUGUCCUUGUCCAGCAUAGGCAAUGGGAAAGUCAUACUUCUGGAAAUAUUUACCAUGUAACUGGAUUCAUAUCCUUGUCAUUUUGGGCCUGUUCAAACCUCAUGCUUUACAGUUCCAUUUUCUUUCCACUCUGUUUACAACUACAACAUCAGACACUUUUAUUUGCAGAUUCUUGUACUAUAUGGGAACACAUCUCUCCCAUGGAAAUGACCUUGUAUACUAGUACUGCUGUUGUAUGUGGACUUCCUUAAAGCAAGAGUUUGGAGGAAGCAAAUCCAUGCAAGCAUACUUUCAUAGCACAGCAUUGCAUGUCUAGUCUUGCGGGAUUGCCCAGCUUCUCUUUGGAGCCUCAAGUAAAGCCCUCGGCAGCCUUCGUUUGGUUAGUGAACACUGACUGAUGCUGCUGGGAUGGCUUUGGAUCAAGCCAAAAUGGUAAUUAAGACAUUGUUGAAGCAGUUCUUAGAUUUAUUAAGGUUUGAUAGAGACAUUAUCACUUGUUUUAAUUCUUUGACAAAGAAGAACCAACUGAAGCUUCUUCUCUAAAACGUGGAAUCAAGAAUGAGGCAUUUCCAACUCCUGCGCUUGGUGGUUUUCAACAGUGUAACACAUCUCCUUUUUGUAAAAUCGAAGAACAGAUUUUCUUUUGUUUCCUUCAAAGUUUUUCAUUUUUUUUACCAGAAUUGCCCAGAUACUAGAAUGCAUUUGAAUAGCCAACGUAUGUAAGAUGUGGCAGAACAGGAUCUCCAGCUGACAAAAGCAAAAUUCUCAAGCUGCAUCAUUCUAAUUAAACAAUAUUAAUUAAAUCAUAAACACAAUAAUUAAACAAAGAAUAGAACUUUGGACACAUGAAUAAAAUCAGUUUACAAGACUUUGUGGUAGGUUUCCUUCUCCUUCCUUCUCUGAAAAACUAAAAGGAAGAUAAUCAAGAGUGGUCAGAUUGCAACUUUCAUCAUGUUGGACAGUUUUGCAGCCAUUUGAGAAGAAUUCAGGUAUUUCUUCCUACAAAGUCCUCUGUAAAGUAUGUUCCUGGUGCCUGCGGACAACAGAUAUCUUGUCAUCCCUGUAAGUUUAAAGGGCAACAGUACAGUAUGGCUAUUGAGACAUGGGAACAUGCUGGAACACUUUGAAUCAUGGUGUAGUUGGCUGAAAGCCACAUUGGGCUUUUCAGAAAUCGAUAUAGACAUUUGUUUGCAGACCUACAUUGUACAUGUUUGAAUUUCUGCCCAAGAAGAUCUCCACAUUGUCAAGUCAACUGUGUGGGCCUACAACUCUGGUCUUCUUAUGGACCUUGGUAUGGACUUAAAUUCCCACUUCUCAGAAUUCAGCUUGAGAUAUCUGCUGUAUAUAAUUGUCUACACACAGAAUUACCCACUGAGUAUUAAUAGUUUACUAGGGUUCUUGUGUAUUGUUCAAUAUGUCAAUAUCUAUCUUGUGAAGUUAUACAAUCGUGUCAGCUUGUCCUGCUGUACUUAAUUCCUAGUCUUUAAAACUGCCAACUAAAAUCAUCUUCUGGUCUUCUCUCCUGUUGUUUCUGUUCCACCCUUCUCUCUUCUGAAGGGUUGAUCUUAUUGUGCUCUUUCUGUCAACCGGUGGUAGCAGUGGUGAGAUGGUCCUUGCCUUUUCUUCAGAAACCCUUAAAGGUGCUUUCCUUCUGCCAGGCAGACUCCUGUGUCUUGUGUUGAGAAUGCCUGACCUUGUACAGCUGCUCCUUACAAGCAUAAAUAAAUUUGAGCACAAGGAGAGUUAAAUUCGUAGUGUUGGUGCUUCCAUUCUUGCCAACAUGUGACUCUUUUUGUGUAUUGAUAACAUUGGAGCUUAGUUGAAUUGUUCAACAUCUAGAGAAUAAUGGGAGUUUAUACCUAAUUUUUCAAUCUGUUCUCUUAAAACAUUUCCAGCCAUGAAAACCAAUGCAUGUUUUCUGUACUACUUGAGGGUGAAAUCCUUGCUCUCAUGAUUUGGCAGUAAACAUUUCAAAGACUGUAGCUAUACUUAUGUUGUCUACAUGAAUUAUUAUAAAAGUCCCCAAGUUAUGAGAAUGCUUCUACUUUCUGUCACUUUAUGAAAUAUUCAUACAGUCUCAUGAACAAAAGAUAUAUGUAAAAGAACGUCUAUUUUCUUAUGUUUUUCUAAGGGCUCAUCUGCCAUAUAAUGUAGUUUCAGAAUGCAGUUUAGCUGCAUUGAACUAGAUUAUAUAAGUCUGCACUACAAUAUAAUGCGGUUCAAUGCAGUUAAACUGCAUUAUAUGACAGUAUAGAUGUGGCCUAACUGAGCUUUGCAUUUCCUCUCCCUAGUCAUAUAAUAUUUUUUGUCAUUUCAGACUGUCUAUGCUUUUGAAUCACCCCUUCACUGUUCAGAUUCUUAAAUGGCAUCACAGAGCUGCCAUCCUGGUAAAAUUAUGCACAGGAAACAUUGGAUGGCAAGAUUAAAAUAUCUUGUAUCAUGAAAUAGUGAUCAAGGUCUGAGUGAGAAAAAGUAAAUACUUGUUGAAAAAACUGAUUUAUCUUUAGUCACAAUUAUAGCCAGGCCUGAACAUUGCCUUGGCUUUACGUUGUUGGCCUUAUAUUAAGAGGACAGAUGUCUCCUGAACAGACAGUUUUUUACAAAACUGCUAUUUUUCUGGUUGCCUGUAGCACAGCAGAAAAAUUUGAAGUCUGAAAUAUUUUUAUUGCUUUUAAUUGCUAACAAUUAUCCGUGAUAUUGUUGCCUAAUAUUUUUUGAACUCGUGUUUGGACUUAAGCUCGGACUUAAUUCCUGUUCUAAGGAUCAUAAUGAGAAAAGUCUGUAGGUUAUAUCAAACUGGCAAAGAGGCAUCAGAUGUAUGCCUUUUGAUCAGUUUCGUCAUAUUACCUUUUAGGGGAGACAAUGCACAGAAAGUAGAGGCAUCAGUUGAUAUUUAAAAGUUUAUUGUGCUUGUUAAGAACUCCCUCUUUUAAAAGGCAGCUUUCUUUGAAAAACAUGAAGCAGACCAGGAAGCCAAGAGUUACUUUAAUGCUAGGCUCCGUUUUUGCAAGUAGGCUUAUGUUAUUUUGUAGAUCUGUUUAUUUUUCCCAGGUAUUGGACUACAUUGGUACCUCAGUUGUUUACUUCUCCGAAUUUAUUUAUUUAUUUUGCAGAGAGGUACUUUUAGGGGAUACCUGGGAGUUCCGCAUCUGUCUUGGGUUGCUCUCAAUAUAUGGAAUUGGAAACAUUAGAAAUAAUGUCAGUUUUAUCAUCGAGAUUUAAGAUAAACCUACAAUGCAGUAUUUAUUAAAGCUCAGUAGCAUUAAGUGGUUGCAUUACAAGACAUACAUUUCUGAACUACCCAACAGCCCCAAAAUCCUACAACUGCAACCUAGUCUUCCUUCAUCCACGUAGUCUUGACCUCAUGAUAUGAAUUCUUCCCAUUUCCUUGAGUUGAAAUCUAGCUACCACUAUUCUACUUCUCUCAGUGCUAGUACAGAUGUUGUAUUUUUCCUCCUCAUGGGUGAAAUGGAAUGUGGAGUGGAUAAUACUCCUAGAAUUUGUAGCAAACAGCUGUGGACAUUUUUUUUUUCAUGUCAGGAGUGACUUGAGAAACUGCAAGUCGCUUCUGGUGUGAGAGAAUUGGCUGUCUACAAGGAUGUUGCCCAGGGGAUGCCUGGAUAUUUUACCAUCCUGUGAGAGGCUUUUCUCAUGUCCCUGGAUGAGAAGCUGGAUCUGACAGACAGGAGCUCACCCUGGAUUCGAACUGCUGACCUUUCGAACCACUGACCUUUCGGUCAGCAGUCCUGCUGGCACAACGGUUUAACGUAUUGUGCCACCGGGGGCUGCUUUAUCUGUGGACAUGACUACCAUAGUAGAUUGAUAAAGCUCCAAGAAUCUACCUAACAAGUGGAUUCCAUUGUGGUCUAAUUUCCCAUGUGAUUUCUACAAACAGCAGUAGGUGGAGGGAAUCUUAAUUGAAAUUAGUAAAAUGGAAGAAAUAAAUUGACUUGAUCCAGAUAAAAUUAUAUCUUCCCUCCAAGAUCUGAAACACUAUAAUCUUAUAGCGAAAUCAACAAUGCUUGCAGGAUUGUUGUAAACAUUGAGCAUUGCUAAGAACACAGUUGUGUGUAAAAGGUAGGGUUCAUAAGUUAAAAACUUUUGCUGUACAGCCUUGCUGGAAGAUCGGUUUAAAUCCACAACAAUCCAGCACACACACACAGAUCCCAUUCUAACAUUCCAUGGGUAGAUUUUUUAAUGUAUUGAUGUAGUAAAUUUGUGCAAUAACUUUCAACCGUUGGGUGAAAGUCAUCUUAAUUUAAUCCAGAUUGCAAGGUUUAGAGGUGCAGUCUCCCAGUACCAAGACCUCACAAUGACCGAAGUAGAGGCCAGUACCAGUGGAGGACUUUGCCAAAAGCUAUGAGUACUAAGGAUGGCUUCAAGAGACUUCACUGGAUUCUUAACCUUCCUCUUUUAGCUUGAAGUAAUUGUUCUUGGAACUCUUUUUGUUUUAUUUCUUUGAGAGAAGGGGGUUCUGAAACAUGGUAACAUUUCAAUUUUUCUUCUGUAUGUUUGUGAUGUUCACAAGAGCAGUGAGCAAUCUUCCUUGUUCUGUAAAAGUGGUUCAGGAUUCGAACCUACUGUGUCAUCUUAAAAACAAAACAAUAAAGCAAGAGAAAUGGAACAAAGCAA